UGACAUUAGGUAAAGGAGCAGUAGAAUAAGGCUGGUUCUGUUCCAGGUGCCAGUGUUGCUCAGGAGAGGCUAGCAGAAACUGUGGAUAGUAUUUUGCCUUAUUCACAAAUAGAGAUAAAGAAAGAUUAAUAUGUUAUUGUGAAUUUGACUAGAAAUCUGAACAAAAGAAGUGGAACAAGAAUUACUAUAGGAAUAUUAUAACCAUCACUGGUGUGCCCAGCAGCUUUAUAUGACAAGAAGAAUGUCUAUGUCUAAUGACACCCAGUUUCAUCCUUCUUCAUUCCUACUGCUGGGAAUCCCAGGGCUAGAAGAUGUGCACAUCUGGAUUGGAAUCCCUUUUUUCUUCGUGUAUCUUGUUGCACUCCUGGGAAAUGCUGCUGUCUUGUUUGUGAUCCAGACUGAACCGAGUCUCCAUGAGCCUAUGUACUAUUUCCUGGCCAUGUUGGAUUCCGUUGACCUGGGCUUGUCUACAGCCACCAUCCCCAGAAUGCUAGACAUAUUCUGGUUCAAUAUAAAGGAAAUGUCUUUUGGAGGUUGCCUUUCUCAGAUGUUCUUCAUCCAUUUCUUCACUGCCAUGGAGAGCAUUGUGUUGGUGGCCAUGGCAUUUGACCGCUACAUUGCUAUUUGCAAUCCUCUUCGGUACACCAUGAUCCUCACCAGCAAAAUCAUCAGCCUCAUUGCAGGCAUCGCUGUCCUGAGGAGCCUGUGCAUGAUUGUUCCACUGGUGUUUCUUCUUCUGAGGCUGCCCUUCUGUGGACACCGUAUCAUCCCUCAUACUUAUUGUGAGCACAUGGGCAUUGCUCAUCUGGCCUGUGCCAGCAUCAAAGUCAAUAUUAUGUUUGGCCUUGGCAACAUUUCUCUCUUGUUAUUAGAUGUGAUCCUUAUUAUUCUCUCCUAUGUCAGGAUCCUCUAUGCAGUCUUCUGCCUUCCCUCCUGGGAAGCUCGAUGCAAAGCUCUCAACACCUGUGUCUCUCACGUUGGUGUUAUCUUAGCCUUUUUCACACCAGCAUUUUUUUCAUUCUUGACACAUCGUUUUGGCCAUAACAUCCCACAAUAUAUCCACAUUUUCUUGGCUAAUCUAUAUGUGGUUGUUCCCCCAGCCCUCAAUCCUGUAAUCUAUGGAGUCAGGACUAAGCAGAUUCGGGAGAGAGUUCUGAUUUUCCUCAAGACUGUUCACUAACCAGUUGGAGGUUGGAGAGUCUGUCACUCCAACCUAGUAGAAAGCAGAAAAACAGAAGGGAAUGUUGUAGCCAAUAACAUUGUUUAUCUGUUAACUGAAGCUUUUGACUUUAAUGAUAAUAAUAAGAAUUUUAAACCAAUUGAACUCCCCUUUUCCAAGUUCUUUUAUUUCUAUUGCUGGAUCCUCAAGGCAGAUUUAUAAAGUAUAUAUUAGAUUUUUUACUCUCAUGUUUAAUAUACUAAUGUUUGGAAAAGAUAAGUGAUUUAUUCAAACUCCAUUUUUAAUAGGAAGUAGUAAUAUAAGCCAAAUAGAUCGCCUUAUAGUUUUCUUUAGCAUGUUUAAGAAAUAACAGAAUACAGAAUAAAAUUCUCACUUUAAAAGGAUAAUAAACAGUGUAAGUAGCUUCUAGAAUUCUUAAUAAUAAUAAUGUACUGCAUAAUAAUGUUAACUUACCAUAAAUGCAGUAUAUAGAUAUAUAGAUAUUGAUAGGUAUAUUAUGCAUGAAUAUACUCAUAUUGUGCUCACCAUAAUCUUAUUUAAUAGUUACUAUUAUUUCCUUCAUGCACAUAGAGAUGCAAGCAUAGUCAUCAAAUUAGAUAUUAAAGUGAAGGAAAAAGGAAAUAAUGUAGCAUAGGCAUGACAUAUACAUUCAU